UCCUUUCACUCCGCUCGCCGUGGCCCAGACGCACCAUCACACACAACCAGCCGCGGGCUACCUGUGCGCACUGCGGCCAGCCCGGGGAGGAGUUUGACUCCUCCUGUCAUUAACAGAUCCAAAGGAAGAGAGAGGGAGAGAGAGAGAGAGAGAGAAACUAAACACGGUCCACACUGAAGAGAGGGGCAGACACACAGAGACGGGGGGAAAGAGAAGCCGUAAAUUGGCUGAUUCCAAUCCAGGCUGUCUGAACUGAACUCGAAGUUUCUUGGCUGAGCGGGGAAGGAAUAAUUUGGAGCCCGUUAGCCCCACACAGAGCUGUUGUGGAUAUUAACGUCCACCUUGUGUCCGGUUUAGAAGAAUGGCGAGAGAUUACGCAGGACGUUGCCCGGUCUCUCCGGUGAGAAACACUUGGCUUGUGGCGGCAUCGAUCCUCCUCGCAGCCCAAGGUAUUGGGACUCAGAAAGUGCGAGUUGAGGAGGAGCUAGAGGCGUUUCCCACAGAGUCUGUUGAUCUGCGCUGCCAAUUCAUCGAUGGAGGAGGCCGAACCAAACUCACACAGGUGUCUUGGAUAUGGGAACCUAUUGAUGGUCAAAGGGACAACAUUGCUGUCUACCACCCUAUCUAUGGACAGAGCUUCCCCAACUUGUCCUUCAAGGACCGAGUUGUCUUCCUCCACAACAGUCUGGAGAACCCGUCCAUUAGGAUUUCUAACCUAAGAAUGUCUGAUGCUGGCCGUUAUACUUGCGAGUACGCCACCUACCCUUCUGGAAACGAACAAGGGACAACCGCACUCAUCAUGCUUGCCAAGCCUAAGAACUCAGCCAAAGUUUUGACCGUCCAGGCUGGAUCCAAGUCGGUGGUGGUGGCCCAGUGCGAGGCGGCAGACGGCAAACCGGCAGCCACCAUCAAGUGGCUGGCAUCGGUUGGAGGGAACCACACAACCACCACCCUGAACGGACCGGAUGGCACGGUGACAGUACGCAGCGAGUAUCGGCUGGUUCCCACGCCCGCAGAUAAUGGCAGGGAGGUGACCUGCAUGGUUGACCAGAAGACACAGGAGCGGCCGUGGGCUUACCCUGUCAAACUCUCUGUGGAGUACCCCCCCUCUGUAUCCAUAGAGGGCUACGACAACAACUGGUACGUUGGCCGUUCAGACGCUGUGCUAUUUUGCCUGGCCAACGCCAACCCUGCGCCCACCACCGUCACCUGGACCGCGGCAUCCGGUGCUUUGCCAGACAAUGUGAUGGUGGAUGGCAACAAGCUGACGGUGAGGAAGGUGGACGACGCCGUCAACACCACUUUCAUCUGCGAGGUCAAGAAUAAGCACGGGGCCAGCAGGCACCAGAUCACCACUAUCGUCAUCGAAGAGAAGAGAAAAAUCACUCCAGGACCAUCGACAGGUGCCGUUAUCGGCGGCAUCCUCGGCGCACUCGUCUUCAUCGGCAUUAUCAGUGGCAUCAUCAUCUUCUUCUUCCGUAAGCGCCAGGAUGGAGAGGGCCCUCCAAAGCACAAGCCCCCUCCCCCUGUUAAGGCAGGCAGCUCCACAGAAAUGCUGAACAAGCCAUCAGAGCCUCCCACGGCCACAGAGACAGCACCUCUCAGCCCAGGAGAGGUUUACUACGAGCCCACAGGGGGAGAGCCUGUCACGAACCUGGAUGAUGAGACCACUGGAGCCCUGAACGGCGGUGCCCCACCAGUCCUAGAAGACUCGGCCAAAUACGACAACAUCAACGAACUCAAAGACCACGCCGACAGUCACCACAACAACGACUUAGAUUUGUCUAAUCGCGAGCCACCGGCUGCCAACAUCUCUCGCGGCGAGAGCUUUGUAUCUCCCGCCAUGUAUGUUUAGCCGUGGCAACCACAGCACUACAUCACAGGCUUAUGGGCAAGUUCCAGGUCACCUAAAUUUGCAUGGAAAGCGAAGGCAAGCACAGUUGUUUCCACACUAGAAAUCCCUUCCAAUGUACAACUUUUUAAAUAUUUAAAGUUUUAUCCUACAUAUGACAUUAUGCAUCUGGCUGAGUUUUUCUUUACCAGGCACAUUUAGGGGGUGUUAUGGGUUAAAAUGUUUGUACAUCUCCCCAUGAAAACAAGUUCUUAUUGGUGUUUUAAUUUCUGGUGAGCCACUUGUGUCUACUGAGGAAUAGGAACGUUUUUUCCCCCCAAACUCUUGCAAGUGUCAUAUAGAGUUUUAAUCAUCAUUACAUUUCAAAUAUCUGGUAAAGAAAACCAAAAAUAAAGUACAAAAUAUCAAAGUUUAAGCAAUUUAAGAUGCACAAACACAGUAUUUCAUGAUAUCUGACAAGCCAGAUAGCCAUUGAAAGGUGGGCUUUUGCAAUAUGUUAAUAACAUGGUUGAGAGGUGUUGCAAUGUAGGUGAACUGGAACACUCCCCUCAGCUAAUUAAUACACAGCGCACUGCCUGUGUGAUGCUUGCAAAUCAAAAUUUCCACCAAAAAACAGCAAGACAAUAGCAUUUUCAGUGGAUUCACUAUGAAAUAUUAUAUGCAACAUUUUGUGCCAUAAACAUACAAUGUCCCCAUCGCAAAAUUGUUGUUAUAUGUGAGGCUGCCGGUCCUGGGCUCUUCUGUUUACAGCCGUGGAAAGUGAUUUGAACAUAUUUUCCUCUCUAUGUAAGGAUAAAACAUCAGGCUUCUUUUGCAGCCCUGUGCUACAGAGAAAGUAAUAAAAAAUACUAUCUUUGAAAUCCUUUGAAAUUACUCUUCUUCCACAGUUGGUUGGGUUUGAAUUACACACAGAUGAAUUUGGUCCCAGGAAGUCCAAAGCCUGAUCAUCUGGCUCUCCGGGCUGCUUCAAUUAAUCACUAGAGAUGUUUGAAAGUAUUUCAGUUAUUUAUCGAUUCAUACAAUUACUCUAAAAAAAAAAAAACACUCCUGCCCAGGCUACACUCCAAUGAAGAAAUAUUCCACUUUAUUAUGUUGUCAAAGGGCCUCAUCUGUCCCUGGACUGCAGCAACUGUCAGGGUGCAGAGCUGCUCGUUAGCACUAACGAAGGGGACGUGACAUAGUUUUGAAGCUCCGUAACCUGGCAACAUUACAUGAUUAAGAUUCCAUGAUUCAUAUUUGCAGUUGUUAAUUGCAAGAGGUGGUAAGGCUGUGUGUUGGGGAGAUGAAACUCAGUUUACAGCAAAGCACACACACCACAGGGUUCUUACAUGUGCACGCACUCACACACAAAAACACCAAUGUUUGCAUUCAGUCCUCCACUCCACUUAUAAAUCACACUAUUAGGGUUGAGGAAACAUAAGUAAUGUUUCAUCAGAGAGUGAAAAUGUUCUGUAUAUAUUAGAAAAAUACUGCCAUUACAGCCAUUUUAACAGAUUAAAAUGGUCACACACUGAUAUAUGCAGAACAUUUUAUAUAUGCAGAAAACAUGCAUUUAGCAUUUUAGCCGAUUGUCCACAUGAAAGAGAGAAAAGGUGAGCAACUAUACCUGGCUGAAUCAAAAAUUGGUCUUCACAGAUGUCAGAUGGUACCAAAUGAUAAACAAACAGUGUAAAUAGUAUUGAUAAUAUUGAUGAAUAAUAUAUUGUUGGUGAAAUGUGUACACAUAAAAAAAUAAACAAGUGUAGGUGUUAUCAGUGCCUCUGUACAAGGGAUGGAAGUUUGUUAAAUGUCAAAUUGAACGAUUUAAAAAAGUGUAUAUUACUAUUUUACUUUUCACGGGUACAUUGAGGUCGUCGCUUAAUACUAAAAUGUUUUAUUUAAAUAUAUUAAAAUAAAUGAAAUGGUGUGGAUUUUACUCCUUGUUCAUAUUACUCUGCAUGGCAUGAUCGGUGGCUUGUUGACACACUUUCGCAAGGCUGUUUGCGGAAUAAUGUUCUUCAUUUGUAAAAAACGUUUUUGAAUGUCAAAAAAGAAAGCUGUUUUUUUUUUUAUCUCUGUCUCAAUGCAUCUUUCACAGUCAUGCAGACCACGAGCACAACGUCCAAUUUAAGUUGAGAGAGCGGGAUUUUUUUUGUCGCGUGACAGCUCGGCAGGCUGCCUGGUUUUGUCUUUAGUGCUAAUCCGAAAAUGCUGUCAGCAUGGAAUCGUCAUCUCACAACCACAGAGUGCAGUACACACAGAGAUACAAUCUUUUCUCUCCUCUAAUCUUGAGCCCAUGCUUGAGACAUUGAGGCACACAAAUCCCGAAUGUUGGACGACAGGCUGUAGCUGACCGAGCCAGUUAAAAUCAACCACAGGAGCACAUAGUCAGGUGGUGGAUGACAGUUUGCAAAGAGUUAUAAAAGUUGAUAGAGUUUGCAGAUUGAGAUUUAAACAGGAGGAGAGACACAUACAUGGAGAAAUAAUACCAGAUUGUACUAGUAACAUAACAGGGAGGAAAUAGAGGACUGAAAAGAUCACGGGAAGAAAACAGACAUUUCUCAUCACAGCUUUGACCUUCAGCAAGGUCAGCACCAAAUGCAAUAUUUUAGUUUUUCUAACGUACUGUAUGACAAUCAUCUGUUAAUAUUUAACCGUCACUAGCUUUGGUGGAGAUGCUUUUGUUUUUGUUUGUAGUUAUUAUUAAAGUACCUUUUUUUGCUGCAUGCUAACUGAAAUACUGCUACACCAUCCUGAAAGACAAUUUUUAACAUAACUGAUUUAUGGUGUGGAAAUUGAUUAGUAAGUUUAGUUGCAAUAUUUUGUUUCCAUCUAUAACAAAUCAAUCUGCAAUUUAAAUUCAGUACAGCUGCAGGAUAAACAGGGGCUUCUACAAUAGCUAAAGGCGUAAACAUUUCUUUUUUAUGUCUGCUUUUUGUGUCUGAGAUUCUUUAUUUUGAUUAAAGGGAAUGUCUGCAUGCUGCAUGGACCUAUAAGAUAAAAGCUUCCCUGUUUUGCAAGAAGAGCCGCCAUGACAAGAGUGUGGCUUUUUGAUUCGCUUAUAUGGUGCGUGUGUCAGACAAUCACGUAUGAUGUAUUUAAUAGCCCUGCCGCAGAACAAAAGCUGUCAUGAAAGUGAAUUAAAUGUGAUGGUUUUGCUUUUUGUCUGUAAAUUCAUUUCCUAAAAUGAAUGAAUAUUUAGUUUGCUGUGGAUUAAUGUGUAUAAUGUGUUUGCCAGAAGGCUGCUGUUGAUAGAUUGAGCAAAAGGGAAAAGACAAUCAUUGGGGCCCAUUAUAUCAGAGACCAAUGACUCAGCAAGCAUUCAGUAAUAAGUUUAAGCUCUGCCGUCUCAUUUCGAGGAUCAUUCAGUUUUACCUAGAGCCUUCUAAUAGAGUUGUUUCAUUCUGAGGUAUCUCAAAUUAAGAUCUUGACACCACCAGGAAUACAGUCAUGAAGUCGCCUCCUAAAAUGGAAAUUGCAAAGAAAUAUUAGCUCAAACUCCGACUUUUCAGUAUUUGCCCAAAAGCACGAGUCAACAGUUAAGGGGUUGAUGUGGUGGAACUGCUGUGAUUUUAGAUGGAUUAGCUGUAUGCUCAAGGCUCUGGGCCCGUCCCUUCUGUGAGAGCUGCAGCGUUGCAUUUCGGCCAAGGUGCUUUGCUCCGUCUCCCCGCUCCCCGUUACGGGUUUCGAUGCCAGAAACACAAGCUGUGAAUGUCGACGAUAACGCUGUUCGGUCUGAAUCCGUUUGCCCCCACCCCCCCGUUCUCUCUCGCUCAUCCAUUGUCAUCACAGCUUUUCAUCACGGAGCCAGACGUGCCUUCUUUGUGUUAUUUUUAGCUUUUCAAUUCUCACACUUCUCAUCUGACAGUAGAACGUAUGAUGAAAGCGGGAAACACACAAACACGGGAUGGGUUUGACAUUGAUGAUGGCAAUGCUAAAAAAAAUAAACACACUGGAGAUGAUCAUUUUUGUGUUUAUUGAUUUUCUUUCAUUUAUUUUGUUUAUCACAGAUCGAUUAUCAUUUUGUAUGCUUUUUGGGAAAACUAUUGUACAUGUUUUACAGAUCAUUGUCUUGUCAAAUAAAAUGUAAACCAAAAAAGA